AAAAAGGAGUAAAUUUAGCUUAAUCACUGUUGAUCUUGCCGGUGAAACUAUCGAAACCCAAAUUGCGAGACAUCAUCAUAGCACCUAGGAAGACAUCUCAUAGUUCUCCAUGCCCGAUCACCUACAGCACAAGAAUCGACAUGUCACCAUUUCCUGGUUCCUCACGGUCCGUGGCCAGAAGGCCCAUAAUUACCCUGGAGGAACAUUUCCUAUCCGACGCCGCCGCGGCGCUGCCCAACUCGCGUAAUGAGAGCUUCAAAGGCAUCCCGGGGCUGUUCGAUCAGUUUACCGAACUCGGCUCCAAGCGGCUCGCUGACAUGGACCGAGGCCAGGUCACUAUGCAAGUGAUCUCCCACGGGCCGGGCGAUCUAUCGCCUGUUCAAUGUCGGGAAUGCAACGAUCAGCUCGCCGAGGCUGUGCGUACUCAUCCGGGCAGGUUUGCAGGCUUCGCUGAGUUGCCGAUGGACGAACCCCAAGAGGCUGCAAAUGAGCUCAGGCGCACAUGCUCUGGUGACAUGAGCGGAGUAAAAUUUGUCGGUGCAUUGGUGGACAGCCACACAGAACUUGGGCUAUAUUACGACGGUCCUGAGUUUGACGUGCUUUGGGCCGAGGCAGUGAAAUUGGACGUGCCCAUCUAUAUCCACCCGACAUGGCCAUCCGACAAGCUCUUUGAGGCUUACAAGUCCCAACACAUCUCCGACGAGGUGACCACGUCUAUCCUUGCGUUUGGAUUUGGCUGGCACAGCGACGUCGCCGUGCACGUUCUACGUCUGUAUGCCUCGGGCGUGUUUGAUCGGUUUCCCAAGCUCAAGAUCAUCAUCGGGCACAUGGGCGAGAUGAUUCCAUAUAUGCUCCAGAGGAUCCAGCGGGUUGCUUCACGGUGGGGCAAGCAGAGAUCCUUCCGAGAAGUCUGGGACAACAAUGUCUGGCUGACGACGAGCGGCAAUUGGGCGUUAGACCCGCUCGCCUGCAUUCUGCGAAACACGAAACACGACAGAAUCUUGUAUAGCGUUGACUAUCCAUUUGCAAAGAGCGCUGAUGGGCUCAAAUGGCUAGGGGAGUUGGAAGAGAGUGGCAUGGUGAGUGCCGAGGAGCUGGAAGGCAUCCGCUGGCAGAACGCUGCCACGUUAUUGAGAUUAGAUAUCGCAGACUCAUCAUAAAAGGCGAGCUGGAGAAACAACUCAGUUUUAGUCUCUUUACAUCUUAUAACAUUUGCCGUCCGUAUGGGGUUGGUCGUUUAUGGGGCAUAUUCUCGGACACAAUCAGCAUAUUAGCAAUCGCAAUGUAGUCGUUUGCUGUUGACAUUGA